GGAAACUUUCUUCAAUUUUCAAGUUGGAGGGUAUUCACAAAGAAGAUAUAAUUUCCUAAAGUUGUGUUAACUGAGUGUCAAGUUGUUGCACGGUAGUGGGAUCUUUUAAUAUUUUUAAAAGGAGUCUAAAGGUUGUCAUAUUGAAAAAAGAAAAGGGGAAAAAGAAACCCUAUCACCACAUGUGAAUAUAAAAAAGAAGAGAAUCCAACCAAUUGCGCCACGACCGGAUGGAAGAGCUCAGCUGACAAACCCAGCCCAGUCUAAGGAAGCUUGGGGUUUAGCUUCUUGUACUUCAGGAAAGUCUGAACUCAGUUAUCACAAUUUUUGAAGCAUGACCUGAGUAGGUUCAGUCAUUAUCAAGUCAAACUAAACACAGUGAGUGAAAGGUUGCUAUCACUGAAACAGGAAACUUCUGAAGAUAAAAGAACUACACAGGGGGACAUGUCAUUUAGCACCUCUUUUUGAGCACCACUGAAGAUAGAAGUCACACUGUAACAAUGACAACUACAUCAGGGAGCUUGCCUUAUUCAUCCCAUGGGAUGUACUUUGUAACUAAUCAGAGCAAUCAAGUCCCACAGAACUUCUCAGGAGCAUCAAAUGUUACUACCUGUUACAUGGAGGAACAAUUACUAUCUACUGUGUUAACAAUAUUCUACUCUGUUAUUUUCAUCGUGGGACUGGUUGGAAACAUAAUUGCCCUCUAUGUAUUUCUGGGCAUCCAUCACAAAAGAAAUUCCAUUCAAAUUUACCUACUUAAUGUAGCCAUUGCAGACCUUCUACUCAUUUUCUGCCUGCCUUUCCGAAUAAUGUAUCAUAUUAACCAAAACAAUUGGACACUAGGUGUGAUUCUCUGCAAGGUUGUAGGAACACUGUUUUAUAUGAACAUGUACAUUAGCAUUAUUUUGCUUGGAUUCAUCAGUCUGGAUCGCUACAUAAAAAUUAAUCGGUCUAUACAACAACGGAGGGCAAUAACAACCAAACAAAGUAUUUAUGUUUGUUGUAUAGUAUGGACAAUUGCUCUUGCUGGAUUUUUAACUCUGAUUAUUUUAACACUUAAGAGAGGAGGGCACAACUCCACCAUGUGUUUCCAUUACAGAGAUAAGCAUAAUGCAAAAGGAGAAGCAAUUUUUAACUUUGUUCUUGUGGUAAUGUUCUGGCUAAUUUUCCUAUUAAUAAUCCUUUCAUAUAUUAAGAUUGGUAAGAAUCUAUUGAAGAUUUCUAAAAGAAGGUCAAAAUUUCCUAAUUCCGGUAAAUAUGCCACUACAGCCCGAAAUUCCUUUAUUGUACUGAUCAUUUUUACUAUAUGUUUUGUCCCCUAUCAUGCCUUUCGAUUCAUAUACAUUUCUUCACAGCUAAAUGAAUCAUCUUGUUACUGGAAGGAAAUCAUUCACAAAACCAAUGAGAUUAUGCUGGUUCUCUCAUCUUUCAACAGCUGCUUAGACCCAGUCAUGUAUUUCCUGAUGUCCAGUAAUAUUCGCAAAAUAAUGUGUCAACUUCUUUUUAGACGAUUUCAAGGUGAAGCAAGCAGAAGUGAAAGCACUUCAGAAUUUAAGCCAGGGUACUCUCUGCAUGAUACAUCUGCAGCAGCUAAACUGUAAUACAGCUCUAAAGGUACUUGAGGUACACAUACUAACAAGGAUGAUAAACUGUAACCUCUUAAUUCCUUACAGAUCUAAAAAACUAUGACAUAAAGCUUUAGCAUUUAUUAAACUCAGACCUCAAAGCUCUGUUUAUAUUUGAGAUAUUUCAUUUGCUUACUGUAAAAUAUUUCAAGGGAAAGAAAAGCUUACACUUAUUAUUGAAUUUUAAACCUGUAUGUAAAAUCUUCUCAAAAUAAAUUGUUAAACUAGCACUCUUAACAUGGAUUAGAAAGUUAAGUGCAAUUCAUGGCUUUAACAACAAAAUAAUUACAGAAGUGUCACUGUCUCUCAAGUCACUACUCUAAAGUAGUUUCCAGAAUCAAGCACUUGAUACUAAUUUAAGUUAAGUGAUUUGGGAGCUCACUUAAAAUGUCAGAAAAUAUAUGUUCACUGUCCUUUUAAAAACCUGUAUAAUUUGCCACUGUAUUCAUUCAUGUAUGCCUAAAUCUGUAUUAACAGAUUAAAUAAUAAAAUUCUAAUAAAAAUAA